AUGAUGCGUGCUUGCUCUGUCUUCAUUCUUUACAUUUUAUCGCAAGCAGAAGAACACGCAGCCUCGAAGAAACGAAAAACAGUAAAUGUGGAAGAUGUGAUGUUUGUCUUGAAAGCAAGCGAACUAGACACAAUUCAUGACGCCUUGAGCAGUGCAUUCGAGGCAUACAAGGCUUCGCGGCCGGUCCAAGAUCACCAAAACGAAAGGCUGUCGGCGAGAUGA